AUGGCACGACUCGACGACCGGCUCGCGCCGCCGGAUAUCAGGCGCAGCGCCGACUUGACCGACAAUGAGCAGCAGCCUCUAAUAAAAACAGACUCCCACAGCAACAAUGACGACGCUCAAGCUCAAGCUCCUCACGGCAGCAAGUCUGCGUUUCGCCCCUCGAGCGCCGUCACGGCCUGCUUCGCACUCAACAUCCUCCUCGAGGUUGGCCUGUACCUCAUCGCCAUUCCGAUGAACCAGGUCCUCGAGGGCAUCAUCUGCCACAAUGUCUCACCCGCCGCACCGGGGCCCAGUGACGCCCGCUGCAAGGACACGACGGUCCAGUCGGAGCUGUCCUUUAUCCGCGGGUGGCAGGUCACUUUCGACACGAUCCCCGGCCUCGUCACCGCCGUGCCGUACGGCAUCAUGGCAGACGCGUACGGGAGAGAGCUUGUCCUCGGCCUGUCCGUGCUGGGGGGCGCCAUGGCCGGCAGCUUCACCGUUCUUGUUUGCUCGCUGCCGUCCGUCUUUUCUCCGCGUCUGGUCUGGCUGGGAUCUGCGUUUGCCUUGGUUGGCGGCGGCGCGCCCGUCUUUAACGCCGUUACCUUUGCGAUUGUCAGCGGCGUUGUGAGCGAGAGGAAAAGAUCGGUUGUUUUCUUGUACAUUGCCGCCGCGGUCCUCGGGAGCCAACUGGUCGCCAGUCCUUUGGUGUACGUCCUCAUCAACGUCGAUACUUGGCUUCCCGUGUACUGCGGCCUGGGGUGUCUCUGGCUGGCGACUGCCGUGGCCUUUUCCAUCCCCCGGAUGAUGCUUGCUUCGAGCCCGGCCCUGGAGCACGUCAAGACCGAAGAGGCCCAGGAGAGUCGGGCCCAGGCGCAGCCGGCUCGCUAUCACCGGCUGAUGGGGGUGGCAAAAGCCGCGGUGUGGUUUGCGCGAGGUAAUGUCCUCGUUGUCGUGUUGCUUCUCACCUUUCUCGUCACGAGCCUUGGCCGCCUGGCGCAAGAGAUUAUUCUUCAGUAUAUUACGAAACGAUACGGGUGGUCGUGGUCCGAGGCUGGCCUCGUGCUCUCUCUCCAUGCAUUCUUUACUCUCACGCUCCUCACGGUCAUUCUCCCCGUGGCUAGCCAAGCCCUCGCCCGCAAAACAACACUGGCUACCCAAAGCAGAACCCUUUGGCUGGCACGCAUCAGCGUAUCCAUGUCCACCUUGGGCGCAUUCACCAUGGGCUUGUCGGAAACAGUCGGCUUGAUGGCUGUUGGCCUUGCGCUGUUUGCCUUGGGAAUGGCUACCCCCCCCUUCUCCGGAGCUUACUCGCGUCAAUUGUUGACAAGCGUCACGUCAAUACCAUGUAUACUAUAA